UCACGUAUUCAUCCAAAACUUUUAUAUAUUUUAUUAGAUCACGUGACUCUGUAAAGUUUGAGUUUCGUUUAACCUAGCAAAAUUUGCAACCGACAUUUUAAUUCAAGGACACGUCGCUCGCUGAGAGUAGGGUUAUCGUGAAAUGGGUUGGAAAGCAGCUGAGAAGCUCAUUAGGCAUUGGAAAGUUGUGAGAGGGGAUAAUGUUAUGAUUAUAAGGGGCAAAGAUAAGGGCGAGACCGGGGUUAUUAAGCGUGUUGUUCGCUCUCAGAAUCGUGUCAUUGUUGAAGGCAAAAAUCUGGUAAAGAAGCAUAUCAAGCAAGGGCAAGGUCAUGAAGGGGGUAUCUUUACAGUUGAAGCCCCGCUUCAUGCCUCCAAUGUGCAAGUUCUUGAUCCAGUCACAGGGAAGCCUUGCAAGGUUGGAACUAAGUAUCUUGAAGAUGGUACCAAAGUCAGAGUGUCCAGGGGAAUAGGAGCUUCUGGCUCCAUUAUUCCUCGUCCUGAAAUCCUAAAAAUUAGAACUACACCAAGACCUUCCGUCGCUGGUCCCAAAGAUACUCCAAUGGAGCAUGUGUAUGAGAAGACAUACGAUGCUAAAACAGGAAGGGGCAUGCCUGAACUUUAAGUAAGGAGAUAGAUCAAUUUAGUACCAUAUCUAAUUAGAUAUUUGCUAUCUCAAUGAGCAUGGUAUGGUAUCAAUUUUGUCACAUCAUGGAUCGGUUUAAUAAAUCUCAUUCAGAUUUAUGUGGGAGUUAUCAAUCACUUGUUCUUUUACUUAAUAUAUUACAUCAAUAAUAGCUAGCAAAAUAUUGAUAUUUUGUUGUUGCCUCUUAUCAAUUUAUUCUAGUUUCCUAGGUGCUAAUGAUGGUCAUUUCACUCUGAACUUGUAAAUUCUUAAAAUGAGUAAGAAAUUAUGCUUAUACUUGAUAACAACUUUUUGUGGCUCUAGUAAUUUUUUAUAUGAUGUGGAGUACCUGUUAAUCGGCAACAUAUGUGUCUAAAGGGUCCAAAUCUUUUAUUUAAAUAAGCUUGUAUUAUUUUAUACGAGUCAAUCUAUAUGUCUUCUUCUAUUAGUUUGAAACUCUUUCAACCAGCAUGUUACAACCACAUGAAGCUGGUAAAAUAAUCUUUUGUGGAGGAUUGAAGGCGGUAUUUAAAAAAGCAUAUCGGAAGUCUAAACCCUAAUACUUGAGUGUUGGAGUGCUAACUUUGCAAGUCCAUUUCACGUGUCAUAUUGGAAAGUUCUCGUAGUCGAUUCAGUUUAGCUCACUCUUUCAUAUCUACCAUCUCAGGUCCAAUAUGGAACAAUGACAUCAUGUGUGAGAAUCAACUUUUGAUUCUUAGGAAUUUCUACGAUUAAAUCCUUCUGAUAUCGAAGACGAUGAUGAUCUGCGAUCCAAUUGCCAGAAUCACUAGAGGUUCAUCAACCUCUGAAUCAUCCUUUCACCUCACCUUCUCUUCGAUCAACAAUGGAUCAAAGAGUAAGAGAAAAAUGUUUCACACAAGGCUUUUUAAGAUCGCUGGUGGCAACAAGAAGGAAGGGAGAAGAUAUACCUAUCUUAUGGUUUCGAGAUAUCGAAAAGGUGAACGGGAUUUCCAAUGUGAUGCUUCCAUUGGUUGUGACAACCAUUAAAGCUAGCCAUUUUGAGUUAGGGAUUUAUUGACGACAUGAGUUCUUGUGAUGUUGUGUACACCAUUGUCUUUAUAAAACUAGGGUUACGAGAUCAAGAUAUCAUGCCAUAGAAUGAUUCCUCCACUCACCCUUGCGAAGCCGGAGAAUU